CAAAAGGUGGCUUUCAAUCGAUAGACUUCAAUACUUUAAUAGUUGGACUUUGGUAUUCAGCCUCAGGAGGAGGAAGUGGCCAAAUAAAGGAGUGGACCUUGGUGGCUAGCUUUAGGAAUAUUAUUUAAUGGUUUAGCAAGGCAGAGGGGGAUGGGAGAAGGGUAAGACCUUGCCAGAGCCUUGUUUGCUGUUGCUCGGGCCUGCAUGAGGCCCUCAACAGCGCCCCAUGUGUCUGAGUAAGAUUUGAAAGAUCUAAGGUUACCCUUAGCAGGAGUGACAGGAGGAACAGAGGGACCAGGUCUAAUGCUCACUGUCGGCAACCCUAGAAUUCCAGAGGCAGAAACAAGAGGAUUAUGGACUUGAGGCUAGCCUAGGCUGUCUCAAAGAACAAAGGGAGGAUUGGGAAAGACUUUUUGAACUAUCGGGCCACCCAAGGCUGUCAAAGGAUGAGAAUGGAUGUAGACUAAAGAAACGCAAGCUUCCUCCAAGCUCAGCUUGGAUGCUCCUCCUGCAGGAAGCUGUCUGGCUCUAGACUCAGAAACUCAAGCCUGGAUGGGACACUUUAGUAGUGAGAUUUUUGCCUGGUGGCAGGAUAGCCUUGGUGUGACCUCUGGAAAACAAGACGCAAUUCUGACACUGAGAGAGAGCUCUGUGCUGUGCCUCUGGAGGCAAGGCAAGGCUCUUCCCUUUUCUGAGCCUGCUUCUUUCCACAUCUUGAAAAAGAGGCUCAGACUGGCUCACUGUUGGAAAGAUCAGAAAAGUGUGGCUAUCCUGCUUUAUCUGGUGCACAAAUAUAAGGUUCCGGACCACUGGUACCCCCAAGACCUGCAGGGCCGUGCUCAUGUGGAUGAGUACCUGGCGUGGCAGCAUACGGGCCUUCGGAGAAGCUGUCUUCGGGCCCUGUGGCAUAAGGUGAUGUUCCCCGUUUUCCUGGGUGAGGAAAUACCUCCAGAGAUGUUGGCAGCCACGUUGGCAGAACUGGAUGUUAACCUGCAGGUGCUCGAAGACAAGUUCCUCCAGGACAAAGACUUCCUUGCCGGGCCCCACAUCUCCCUGGCCGACUUGGUAGCCAUCACAGAGCUGAUGCAUCCCGUAGGUGGUGGCUGCCCAGUCUUUGAAGGGCGUCCUAGGCUGGCUGCGUGGUACCAGCGAGUGGAGGCAGCCGUGGGGAAGGACCUCUUCCGGGAAGCCCAUGAGGUCAUCCUGAAGGUGAAGGACUGUCCACCCGCUGACCUCAUCCUAAAGCAGAAGCUCAUGCCCAGAGUGCUGGCCAUGAUCCAGUGAUGUCAGACGCUUCAUCCCCGCACCACCUGGGGCAAGUCACCAACUCACUUGCAUUACACUGGUGAUGUGCCCCAGCCCUCACAGCACGAUGGCUCUCAGGCUCCGUUCCAUCCUCACCCUUUUCCCAUGAUAGCCACACAUGACCUCAGCUAUAACCACUCCUUUCCUCUUUGAGUUUGGGUAAUAAACCAAGGCUCGAUUUGGGCUUUAGUU